CUAUAUUACAAUAUCCAGCAAGUGCAUUAUCACCCGUUCCGUAUUUAGCAUAUGAAACAAAUAAUGGUCCAACUAUUUUUCACGGAUUCAUAGAGACAAUAUUCGAUAAGUUUCUUGUAGUUCUUCCAGACUCUAAAACAUUAUCACCAUUAAUUUCUACUUCAUUAUCUGCAUAUACCUCAAAAUUAAAUGAGUUUUACCCAUUACCAACCGAAUUCUCUACAACUAUUGAAUUUGCAAAAUCUUUAAUAACAUCACCACAAUGGCUGAUUAACGGAACUUAUUUAGAAACUAAUAUUAAUCCUUAUAUUUCAGGAUCUAGCAUUUCACAUGUUAGCUUUGAUAGUUAUACUAACAGCGAAGAUUUCUUGAUGAGAUUUAGGCUGGAACCAGGAUUUACCAUUGAGAGUUUAAUUUCUAAAGGUGGAAAUUAUCAAAAUGGUGAUGAAUCUGGAGUUAUUGGUCCUAGAUUAAGAUCUAUCAUGGAAUCUAUGGG